UGUAGUUUAGUGACGUGUGUCAUCAAAAGUUGGUGAUGGCAUGGCUAUUGUAUUAUAACCUUUGAACAAAAUGUAAGAAAAAAACAGAAACCUGCAGGUUGAAACGACAUGCCGCUCGAAAGGUUGUUGCUCUACAGAAAUUCUUUAUUUUUGUCAACUUAAUUUGGCAUGGGGGGGCCAUGGCUUGCCCAAGUGCGCUGCCUGCACUUGGCUAUUUUUGCACUAGCAAUGAUUCCGCUCUUCCUUUGUUUGUCUUACCUAAAUACCAACCAACUCCACACGACGGCGUCCCCCUUGCGUAAUUACAACGUUAGGGUGCUACAAGCUAAUACUAGCCAGGAAGAGAAGAACAACCCUGCAGCUGAUCCACAUCCCAGUAGGACGUACGAAUCAUCACCUCAACCAGCUCCAUCUCACCAAACUAAUAGUACUAACAACACGAAUCAAGGACCAGAUCUGACAAGAGGUAUAGCAGCCGAGAUUAUCUACGAAGCUGGACAUGUGGAUGUUAACUCUCAGAUCUGUCCGGAUUUAGGAAAAAAUAUAAAAUUACUAAUUGCCAUUACCUCUGCUCCAAGCCACGAAGGUGCACGGUUAGCAGUGAGAGAAACUUGGGGACAUUUCGCCAUACGCAAAGAUAUAGCUAUAGCGUUUAUGUUGGGCGCUACAUCAAAUCAAACUCUUAACAGUAGGAUAGAUAAAGAACAAGAGUUAUAUGGUGAUAUUAUUAGAGGAAAAUUUAUCGACACCUAUGACAAUCUUACCUUAAAAACGAUAUCGAUGUUGGAGUGGGUAGACAACUAUUGUCCAAAAGCCUCAUUUGUACUUAAAACCGACGAUGAUAUGUUUAUAAAUGUUUCUAGGCUUCUCGCCUUUAUUGCGAAACACAAACCUGAACAGAGAGCAAUAUAUGGACGAUUAGCAAAAAAGUGGAAACCUAUUAGAAAUAAAAAAUCAAAAUAUUAUAUAUCACCACAACAAUAUAAACCGUCUGUUUUCCCUGAUUUCACGACAGGUCCUGCUUAUUUGCUACCUGCUCAAAUUUCAAAAGAAUUAUAUGUGUCGGCUUUAAAUCACACAUAUUUUAAGUUAGAAGACGUAUUUGUUACAGGAAUUGUUGCGAAUGGAUUAAAGAUUAAACGUGUACACGCUCCUGAAUUUCUGAAUAAAAGAAUAUCGUUCACUCCGUGUAACAUCCAGAAAGAGAUCAGUAUCCACAUGGUGAAAAGUACAGAACAGUAUGAUCUAUGGAAGAAACUACAUGAUGUAGCGAAAUGUAAAAAGUAACAGUGAUGCUACUUAGACUUGUGAUUAGUUUUUAUUAUUUAAUGAAACCCAUUUCAUUAUGAACAGUAUUUUAAUUAAGUUAAAUUAUUUUAUCAAGUUAAUUAGUUUAGGACCAAAGUACAUCACUGGAACAUCAUCUGAAUGUUUUGU